AUGCCAGAAAGCAACUCAGUCUCCAUCGACAAACCUUCUCUCAACUCUUGAAAUUAACAUUUCUACCUCUCUCUCUCUAGAAAUUGUGUCAAGUUUAACACUCGAUCAUCAUUAUAGUAAAUAUUGGAGAUUGAGAAACAUAAAAAAUGACGCUGUCGAAGAAGGCGACCUGCAACUCCCACGGGCAAGAUUCAUCCUACUUCCUGGGAUGGGAGGAGUACGAGAAGAAUCCUUACGACCAACUCCAUAAUCCCAACGGAAUCAUUCAGAUGGGUCUGGCGGAGAAUCAGCUCUCCUUCGAUCUGCUCGAAUCAUGGCUGGCCCAGAAUCCAGACGCCGCCAGCUUCAAAAGAGACGGUCAGUCCAUUUUCAGAGAGCUCGCUCUCUUCCAAGACUACCACGGCCUCCCCGCUUUCAAGAAUGCCCUCGUAAAAUUCAUGUCGGAAAUUCGCGGCAACAAAGUGAAGUUUGAGGCGAAGAAGCUAGUGCUGACCGCCGGCGCCACCUCCGCCAAUGAGACUCUGAUUUUUUGCCUGGCCGAACCGGGUGAGGCGUUCCUUCUCCCGACCCCUUACUACCCGGGGUUCGACCGGGAUCUCAAGUGGCGAACCGGGGUAGAGAUCGUCCCCAUUCACUGCCAUAGCUCCAACGGCUUCAGAAUCACUGGACCGGCUCUCGAAGAAGCUUAUCAAACCGCCCAAAAACGUAAUCUCAAAGUGAAGGGUGUCUUAGUCACUAAUCCUUCCAACCCAUUGGGUAUAACCCUGAGCCGCAACGAGCUCAACCUUCUCGUGGAUUUCAUCGACGCCAAAGCCAUCCAUCUCAUCUCCGACGAGAUUUACUCGGGCACUGUUUUUGACUCGCCCAGCUUCGUCAGCAUCAUGGAGGUUCUGCUAAACCGGAACUACGUGAACACUGACGUCUGGGACCGGGUUCACAUUGUGUACAGCCUGUCCAAGGAUUUGGGUCUCCCGGGUUUCCGGGUCGGGGCGAUAUACUCCAACGACGACAUGGUGGUCGCCGCCGCCACCAAGAUGUCCAGCUUCGGGCUGGUAUCAUCGCAGACGCAGUACCUCCUCUCCGCCAUGCUCUCCGACGACAAGUUCGCGCCCAACUACGUGGUGGAGAACCAGAAGCGGCUCAAGAACCGGCACGGCAUGCUGGUUCGGGGACUCAAGAGCAUUGGGAUCUCGUGCCUCAAGAGCAACGCCGGUUUAUUCUGCUGGGUGGACAUGCGGCAUCUACUCGCAGCCAACAGCUUCGAAGCCGAGAUGGAGCUGUGGAAGAAGAUCGUGUACGAAGUGGGGCUGAACAUCUCUCCCGGUUCGUCGUGCCAUUGCGCCGAACCGGGGUGGUUCCGCGUGUGCUUCGCCAACAUGUCGGAGGAGACGCUGAACCGGGCGGUCCAGCGCAUGAAGGCGUUCGUGGAGGCUGGGCGGAGUGUGGAGAAUCCGAGCAGGAAUUCGAGGAGGAAGUCAUUCACCAAGUGGGUUUUUAGGCUAUCGUUUCACGACCGCGAGCGCGAGCGAUAGACGUCUCUGCAUCUCACACUUUUUCCAUUUUUUUUACUCAAUAUGUUUAUUAUAAUAUUGAGUUUCGUAUUCUUUUUUUGGCUCCUCUAGACUGCACUCUGUCCAUGUGGACGUGAAGUGAAAUGUGCUUCAUUAUUUUGUAUCAAAUCUCUCUCAUUUAAUUUUCAACAAUUGUUUUAUCCACGACGAUGGAAUUGGAAUGUC